UGAGAAAGUAGUGGUUGUAAUAAUUAGAUUCAGUAAUAGAACACUCUGAAAUCGGCCAUUCUGCAAAAGUACAUUUACAUUUGAUACUUACAUAUUUCAAUGAUAAAGUUUGAGAAAAUGUGUUGUAAAUUAAAAAAAAAAAACAAGAUACAUUUUGAAUACUGGAUCUGAGAACUUUAAUCUGAAAAUAGUCAUAAGCUAAGCAAAAAAUAAUUUCUAGAAAUGCACAUCAGCCUGAGGAGAUGGUCAAAGCUUUGUUCACGAAUAAUGGCAGGGCAAUUCCCCUAUCCUCCACAAGAUGUCGCCACGUGUAUAGCUGUCUAAAGAGCAAGGAUGCCACCAAAGAAACCAAAAAGUGCCAAAGGCAGUGCAGGGGGUAAAAAGAAAGGCAAGAACGAGCCUCCUCCUGAAGAAAAGCCUGAUCACCCUGAGGAUAUCCUCCCCAUGGUCCUGACAUCGGUAACCCAGGAGCUCUUUGACUGCCGCGCAGAUGAGGACGUCACGGCGGAGAGUCCCUACAAGCUGCUGCAAACGGAAGACAUCAUACAGGACAUCAAGACAAGAGCCGGAGUGUCCGAUUUCAGCCCCGUGAAGCAGAUAGUGCUGGACUACCCAGACGACGAAAUCUUGCUGGUUUACGACAGAGCCUUCACUUAUGGCCAGCUCUUCUACCUGGUUCUGACACCAGAAGCUAAGGACAGAAUCCUCAAUCCCCCAGAGCCUGAGGAGACGCAGGGAGAGAGUGAAUGGGAAGUCUGUAGAACUCCAGAAUCAAAGGAGUGGAUUUCACUUGGCAGUGAGCUGGAAAUAGAAGAAGAAUCUGUCAAAGAGACCAGAGAAAAGCUGUUGUACAAGUUCUCAAGAGUGCGGAGGGAGUUGGGCAAACCAGUCAGUUUUUCCGACCGCAACACGGCAGAUGCUAAGGAUGGCAACCUGGGGUUUGCUUCCUAUGAAGACAGCAGAUUCAGCAUCAAGCUGAUGCAGAGAGACUGCGGGACACAGGCUGUUUCCAGACUGCAGAGCAGCAGUGUGCAGACACAGUGGAAGUUUCCGUGGAAUAAGUCUACCCAGUACGCGCCAAGAGAGUUGAGUGAGGAAGAAAGAAAAGACAUCCUCCAGAGUGAGAGUCUGAAGAACUUUUGCAACCUAGUUACUCCAAGGGUUUUACAAGCCCUUCAGCAGGAAGAGAUCAUGAACGUGUUCCGUGAUGACUGGAUGGCUCUGGGGAACGGGCCUGAGGCUGGUGACUGGUCUGGGAAGGAUUCUAAAGGUCUGAUGCUCCAUCAGGCCUUCACAGACCACAAGUACACCAAGGACAGGAAAAUCAGCAGUAUCAACUGGCACCCGACUAUCGAUGGCGUGAUCGCUGUGGCUUUGACAGUGGAAAAGGAGCAGAAUUCGGAAGAGUUGACUACAUCUGACAUCAGACCUUCAUUCAUUGUCUUCUUCUGCUUCUCUGAUCCCUCUCAUCCCCAGUUGCUGCUGGAGAGCCCUGGUGACAUCUUAGCCUUCAAGAUCUGCCCCUCAGAUCCAAAUAUUAUCGUUGGCGGCUGCAUGAAUGGCCAGGUUGUAUUGUGGGACAUUUCUGCUCACGUCACAUACUUACAGAGACCACCGCCAAGUGGUAAAAAGGACUCACUCGAGCUUGAUGACAAUGCAGAGAAUGUGAUUCCUACCGUGCGCCCCUGUGCAAUGUCUACCUUGGAGAACAGCCACAAAGGCCGAAUCACCGACGUGAAGUGGCUGCCAGCAACGUUUGAGGUGACCAGGACGGGAGAACCAGUGGAGAACAAGCAAAAAAUGUCAGUUCAGGUCGUCACCUGCUCUCCUGACCGCACUAUAAUGUUCUGGGAUGUGCGAGCGCCGAAAACGGUGAGCCAGUCAGCGUCAGACAGUUCGACUGUGGAUCAGACCGAGAUGACACCGUACACCGUCCUUGACACGUUCAAACACCUGGGCCGCACAUGGAGACCACUGCUCAGGAUUUCACUGCUGAAGAUCAGCACCAAAGGAGAAUACACCCCUUUGAAGUUCAACUUCGAACCCUACACCUGUGACGGAAACACAGAUGAAGCCGAUGAAAAAGACGAUCGCUCAGAGAUCCUCCAGUACAGCCAGCUCACAGUGCCCUCAGCCGACGCACUCACAGCUCUGCCAGACGUCAAUACCAAGCUCUACAUCGGAACGGAGGAUGGGGAGAUUGUUUACACGGACUGGAGACUGGAGAAGGACGACUCCGGACAGGUGCACUUUCCCAAGCCCCUCCACUGUUUCAGGGCCCAUUACUGUAUGGUCAAUACCAUCCAGCGAUCGCCCUUCUUCGAAGACAUUAUUUUGACUGCGGGAGGCUUUAACUUCGCCAUCUGGAAGGAGGGAGUCAUAGAAGGCCCCAUCAUCCUGUCGCCAAACACGGAGCAGGUGUGCACCGUGGGAUGCUGGUCCCUGUCCCGACCCGCCGUCUUUUUCAUCGGCAAGGACGAUGGCAGCAUCGAGGUGUGGAACCUGCUGGAGCAGAGCAGCGAGCCAGUGGAGGCUUACCUACACGUCACCAACGCCAAGAUCACCUGCAUCACACCCUGGAUCAGCUCCCCCAAGCAGCACUUCCUGGCAGUGACCGACGAACUCGGAAUGGUUCGCAUUUUGGAGAUCCCAAAGAAAUUCUUCGUUCCGGGCAGGACUGAGCGUUCGAAUGUGAGGAAAUACUUUGAACAGGACAAAAAACGGCUGUUGGAUUAUUUGCAGUGCGAGGAAAUGUGCAAGAAAGAGAAGAAGGAGUCCGAAAAACUCAAGAAGAAAACGGAGCCCGUCAAGCCCGUCCCAACCCUGCAGGAGAUUGACGACAUGGAGCUGAAGGAGUACAGGGAUUGUCUGACGCUGGAGGAAAACAUCCUGAAGGGCAUGGGCCUGUGGACGGCUCCUCCAGAAAUAGAUGAUAUCUAAUAUCUCACCUAACACACUACAAACAAAAAACAAAAAUGGCUGGUGGGAACUGUUGGGUUUCUCUGUAAUAUUAUCAGGUCUCGACAUCGUGCCUUGAGAUAAUGUACAGUAUGCAGUGAUUUGGCGGUAUACCAAUAACAUUUAGUUGAAUUUAAUCUGUUUCCAUAAAAAUGCCGUCUGAGAUUUGACACUUGAAAAUCCAUUUUCACACGAUGCCAAGGUUUGUCUCUUUGCUCCUGUAUCAGUAUGUCAAAAUAAAAAAUUGUUAUCGGAA